UCCGUGUGAAGUGAACGUCGUUUAAAAGUACGCGAGGACGAGCAACUGACAUCUGAACGUCCACAUCCUCAUCACUAUAUUCAUUUAUUUACCUUUCAUAAUUAUACUGUAAUUACCAAGAUAUUUUUAUCCUAUUUAAGCAGUACCUGGAGCCGUAAUGAGUGAGUUACUUGAGUCAUCAUUCAGCAUCGAAGACAUUAUUAAGACAUCAAAAAGCCCAGACAGCCGAGCCGAACUGAAACCAGAGGAGCUUAUAACCCAGCUCAGAAAGCUACAGCAAGUCAAGAAAAUCCUUGAAGAAGAAGUGACGGAAGUAAUGCUCCUCAAAUGUGCUAGGAAGCAGGAGGAGGAUGCCUUAGCUGCAGAAGCGUUAAAGUUGGAAGGGACGUUGAAUGCGAAGGAAGAGUUAAAUAGAUCUCUGCAGCUCAAAUGUGAGGACCUCCAGCUUGAGGCACAAAGGCAGCUGGAGCAGAAUCAUCAGAAAGAGGAACUGGUCAAGCAGUACAGCUUUCAGAUCCAGGAGACAAAAUUAAAGCACAGAAAGAUUCGGAUGAAGUUUGAGAAUCAGCUUCAGCAGUUGACGGAGCAGCAUAAAAACUUGUCUGCUGUCUUUGCCCCGCAAAGACUUCCAGCAGAAAUACAGUCUGCAGAAUACAGCACUGAGCAGCUGCUGAAGGCUGAGCAACAGAAGCUGGAGCAGUUGGCCAAGCUGCUGGACGAGUUAAACCACACCCAGAAUGCAGAGGUGCACAUGGAUAUCUCAGAAAAAGCACCAUGAACAUCUCACACAAACUGAAGAUGAGUUCCUAAUACAUGACAGAAAAAUAAUUUAAUUAUACAGCAAAUGUUUUGAGAAGUGGUUUUGCAAUCUGUUCUUAUAUUUUAACAUGUUAGAAGUAACACUAUUGUUUUAUGUCAACAAAUACAACAUUAAAUUAUAUCCAUACCUAGAAUAUAAAAGUUUUGAAAACAUUUAUUCAGAAUUUAUGACACAAUAAAAAAGGUUUGUAAACAAGUCUAAAUCCCCCCAGAUUUGUAUUUAUACAUGAACGUACAGUAUCAGUGACUCUGUCAAAGUUUAAUCCAUCAUACUUCUCAAUCAGAUAUACAACUUCCGGUUUCCAUAAAUCAGUCCUAUGACACAUGCAGCAGGGCGUUCUGGGAGUUCUUUGGUUUUCAGUAAUAUCUGUCUUAAUUACAUUUUGCAUUGAUAAAAUACAGGCCAAAGCCCAGUCCUGAGAGCUUCUGAUUGUUAACCUAAUAUUUUACAGUUACUCUUGAAAAUGUACACGUGUAGUUUGAAACCAUUAAACGGCGAGUUCUGAUUGCCAGUAUAAUAAUAAAAUUAAUUCAGCUCCACUCCACUUUCUCUGCAUUCAAUCCACUUUCUUGAUAGCACACUGUUAAUAGAGGAAAAAUGAAUGAACAGGCCUUUCAUUUUCAUGCAUCCCUUACAUACUUUCCGGUCAUUUCUCAGUUGAGUUUUUUAUUUUCAAGUAAAAGUGUUGUCUACCAACCAUCUCUGGUUGUGCUUUAUGCCUGUGAUCCGUUGGC